CGGCUGCCACUUCAAGCCAAGCUAGGCUAAGAAAGCAGCAGUGCAGCAUUUUUUUUUUAAAAAAAAAAAAAUUAGGCAAAGCCCCCCUGUGGCUGCUUUUUUUGCAACAUGUUAUAUGCAGCACGCAGGAGCGGGAAUCUUCGGCCGAGGUGGUGCGACUUGAGAUUAUACCACUGCGCGAGUCCCUUAUCCUCCACGGAUAUAUGAGAGCACCCUGAAGGCCAUUUCAAUCUGUCAAGAGAGGAGCACGGACAAGAGCAUGGCACUUCCACUCUCAGUGCGCAUUGAGACAAUAGAAGUGCGCAUGCGUCUCGCCGCAAAGCCAGCCCAAACUAAACUUUUUGUCGUUCUUGGGCGCCAGCAGCUCGUCCUCGAGCGCGAGGAUAUUUGCGUCCACGUCAUACUCAAAGAGGUGCUGACACCGCAAGCAACGAGGUUUGAAGAAGAAUUCGGGGCUGGUGAAGGGGAUGGCAUACUCGGUGGAGUGAUCGCAGUACUGGCUCUUCGUUUUCUUCCAGUUCGCUAUCUCAGCCUUGCGCGCAGCAUAGAGGGUGAUUGCCUUGCCCUUGUCUUCCUUGGCAGCCAAGUAGGCGUUCUUGGCUUUGACGCUGUAACCCUCAACGUCGAAUCCGGGCGUCCAGCGGUGAUUGUGUUCCCACUUGAAAAAAUCAUUGACAUCCGGGCACCACUCAUAGUGGUCAGUCGAGGUGGUAAUGACAAGGGGCCCGCUAGGUGGGGCGUUUGUCGAUGGCCUCUUACCGGCACAGAUAAAGAUAGACGAGGGCGCAAUCGUCGCGUGCUCCCGGUAUCUAGCCCACACGUCUUGGGCGAGCCCGUACAGGUUCAGCUUCUUGAGGCUCUCUUGAAUCUUGUCUAUUGUUUGGGGUGGUCAAGGUUAGGUUCGAUACCUUCACAUCAAGCAUCAGAGUUCAGACAUACCUGCGCUUAUCACGGACCAGUCAUAAGCCACGACUCGUAGGAGCAGUUCCAAGAGCCCGAGCCGCGGGACCCCAACU